ACAUUUCGUGAUAAACCGUUUGGCUCGUUUCCCAUACCAGUACACGCCCACUGCCAUAUCUCUGUUAUACCCUCGGCUUGCCGUUCAUAUCGUAACCAACUUAUGCGCUCUCACCUUCGUCCUCCCUCUCACCAUUUCUAGACAGCAAGCAAUCAUGGCAACUACGGCGACGAUCCUGCAGGGUGUGACCAUCUCGGGCGCAAUUCAACCCGAGCACAAAAAGAUCCUGACGCCCGAAGCAUUGGCUUUCCUGACGCUGCUGCACCGCUCCUUCAAUGGCACCCGCAAGGCCCUACUCGAGCGCCGCAAGAUCCGGCAGGCCGAGCUCGACAAGGGUAUAUUGCCGGACUUCCUGCCCGAGACCAAGCACAUCCGCGAGAAUCCCACGUGGAAGGGUGCGCCGCCUGCGCCGGGAUUGGUUGAUCGCCGGGUAGAAAUCACAGGGCCGACGGAUCGCAAGAUGGUGGUUAAUGCUUUGAAUUCGGAUGUGUGGACUUACAUGGCUGAUUUCGAAGAUUCGAGUGCCCCGACAUGGGAUAAUAUGAUCAACGGCCAGGUGAACCUGUACGAUGCUGUGCGACGCCAGCUGCAAUUCAAGCAAGGGCAGAAGGAGUACAAGAUCCGCACCAACCGCGUGCUGCCGACCCUCAUCGUGCGCCCGCGCGGCUGGCACCUGGAGGAGAAGCACGUCAUCGUCGACGGCGACCCCAUCUCAGGUUCGCUCUUCGACUUCGGCCUGUACUUCUUCCACAACGCCUUCGAGAGCGUCAAGCAAGGCUUCGGCCCUUACUUCUAUCUUCCCAAGAUGGAGUCCCACCUCGAGGCCCGUCUGUGGAACGACGCCUUCAACCUCGCCCAGGACUAUAUCGGCAUGAGCCGCGGUACCAUCCGCGGCACCGUCCUCAUUGAGACGAUCCUGGCUGCCUUUGAGAUGGACGAAAUUAUCUACGAGUUGCGCGAUCACAGUUCCGGGCUGAACUGUGGGCGUUGGGAUUACAUCUUCAGCGUCAUCAAGAAGUUCCGUCAGAACAGCAGCUUCGUGCUGCCGGAUCGAAGUGCCGUCACCAUGACGGUUCCCUUCAUGGAUGCCUAUGUCAAACUUCUCAUCCAAACCUGUCACAAGCGCGGUGUCCAUGCCAUGGGUGGAAUGGCGGCCCAGAUCCCCAUCAAGGACGACAAGGCCGCAAACGACAAGGCAAUGGAGGGCGUGCGAGCCGACAAGCUGCGCGAGGUUCGUGCCGGUCACGAUGGCACGUGGGUGGCCCAUCCCGCCUUGGCCGCUAUUGCUUCCGAUAUCUUUAACAAACACAUGCCGACGCCCAACCAGCUGUUCGUGCGCCGCGAGGACGUUAAGAUUGGCGCAAACGACCUGCUCAACAUGAACGUGCCGGGCCAGGUCACCGAGGAGGGCAUCCGGAAGAACUUGAACAUUGGCCUAGGUUACAUGGAGGCUUGGAUUCGGGGCGUGGGCUGUGUACCCAUUAAUUACCUCAUGGAAGAUGCUGCCACCGCCGAAGUGUCCCGCUCCCAGUUGUGGCAGUGGGUACGCCAUAGCGUCACUACGGCCGAGGGCAAAAAGGUCGACAAGUCGUACGCGCUCAAGCUUCUCAAGGAGCAGACGGACGCGUUGGCCAAGAACGCGCCCAAGGGGAACAAGUUUGGGCUUGCGGCGCAGUAUUUUGCCGGUCAGGUCACGGGCGAGGACUAUGCUGACUUCUUGACUACGUUGCUGUACAAUGAAAUUACUGCUGUGGGGAGUGCGAGCCCGGCUAGUAAGUUGUGAGUCGCCCAAGCGGAUGGAUAGCAUAUAACGGAAAUGGAAAUCGAUCGAGUGUCCCAGGAUGGCUUGAAGAGUUGAGAGAAAUUUGGAUUUGUACUAUCUUAUAAUAAGGAGGUGAUUUCCGUCAUUGAUUAUUCGAG